CGUUCUGCUCGCCAAACACGCGCGUCCUGUCUCCUCUGCCCCCCCUCUCAUCUUGGCCUUCCUGCACCCCAUCCACAUUUACACCACCAGACGUAACACCUCCGCAGAAACCACAACGCUACAGCCAGUACUCCGCUCAGCGCAACGAUGCUGAACAAUCCAUCCUUCUUGCCACCUUCGGCCGGACAUCCUCGAGGCAGCGGCCCGAAGCGUAGCCGAAAAGCGCAGGCGACCCGCUCCCCCUCGUCCUCCUCUUCUCUGUCGUCUUCCUCUUCGGCUCCAUCCACGGCCACCGCGGCCACGUCAUCAAGCAGCAGCAGUGGAGCAGUGGAGCAGCAGCAGCCAAGCGCUUCUUCGACGUCGAUUCCCAAUGCGCCGGCUUCCUCGUCGUUUUCGACGCUCUCCUCGAGCAUUACCCCACCUUCGAGUCUGACGUCGUCGCCUGCGCUUCAGGCGCUCAUCUACGCCACAUCCAACGACCGCUACCCUGGCGCGCCCGGCACAUCCCUGCACCGAGCCAGGCUCGAAGCGGCCAGGCUGGCUGCACAGAGCAGGCGCGAAGCGCAAAAGGAGCUCGAGAGGCGCGAAGAGAUGAACCGGCUCGGCAUCUUGGGCGUCUCCGGAAAGCGCAGCCGGCCUGGCGGAUCCUCCAACGGCGCUGGCGGAGCAAAUGGCAAUGGGAGGGUGGGGAGCACGCCUCCCGUCUCGGUUGGUGAGCGGAGCAGCAGCCGGCGAAACCAGGCAGCAGCCGCUGCGGCCGCCGCUGCUGCUGCUGCUGCUGCUGCCUCUGCGUCGGCUGCGCCUUCAUCAUCUUCGUCGAGCUCGUCGUCAAAUGGCAACGGAAACGGCAACGGCAAUGGCUCGGCGCGACGGGCAAACGGCAAUGCGGGAUCAGGAGGCGCAGGUGGGCGGAACCUGGCCAAUGCAAUCGACCACAACUCGCUGCCAGUCCCCCUCACAAACGGAGGCAGCCCCAUCCUGCCUCCUUCAUCGUCGGGCAGGAUACGCAGGCCGGCCAGCGCCAGUCGUGGCGCCAGUCCCUUGCCGCUCACGUCAACGCUUCAUCCCACGCAGCACCAACAGCCGCACGCUCAGACCCAGCAUCACAGCGAAGCGAACGCGGAGAUGGCCUCAAACGGUCUCGGUCUCGGUGUCACUGGCAUGGGUGGAGGUUCAGAAUCAUGACACGUCUCGCAUGCUAGUAUGGCCCAUGCAUGUAUGCGCUCAAGCACCUCAUACGCAACUAAGUUGAUAGCUAUUUGUUGUACUCCUAUGAAUGGUUGAUUAG